AGAUACGCGUGCGCAAGAUAGCAUAGGCGGAAGAGUGUUGUUUUCGAUGAUAAAAAGUGAGACACGUCGCUCAACUUGCGUCGUAACCGUGAAGAAGGGAAGCUGAGGUGAGCGCACGCCUCGUCACCCUCUCCCUUAACCCGGCGCAUGUUAGCGAGGUCAAAUAAUUCUGUUUUGUCUCCGAUUCUUUCCUAACGGUUACGCUCUCUUCUCCGUCUCCGAUCCCUUGGGAGUAGCCAGAAGAGAAUUGUUUAGGUAACACAGCUGAGGAUAGUAAAAACAUGGUCAUUGGGAAAAGGAAGCCUACUUCUUUGGUUGAUCUGUGUGUUUAUACAGCUAUAGAUAAUGUGAGGUACCUCGGAGAUGUUGGUGAAACAGAUUUGGAUCUCCUUGAUCGAAUACUACCCCAUUGUACAGUUGACCAAUUGGAGCAUAUAGAGAAGAGUACAGAAGGAAGAGAUCUGAGUUCAAUAACUGAUAAGUUGUGGAAGAAAUUCUAUGAAAUAAAGUUUGGUGUUGAGAACACUAAGCUUGUUGUUGAGAGGAUGAGGCAGAAAAAAGUGGUAUUUAAAUGGAUGCAAUUGUAUGAGGCAAAAAUGAAGGAUGCAGCUGAGGCGCAAAAUAAAGCUUGUGAUCGAAUUGCACAACUAUAUAAGAAAGAAAAUGCCAGAAAACAAAGUCGACAAGUUCAACUCUGCACAAAGGUUCCUCCAUCGAGCAAAAGAAGCUUCUUUGGAGGCAGUGGACCUGGCUAUAACGUUUCCAACGUGAAGAGCAACAUUAUGAAGAAAGCAAAAUUAGAUUUUCUUAAGUGUAAUGAGGUAAAAAAUAUUGCAGCUAUGAAGAGAAAUGCUGUACAGACAAAUCAUGGUGCCUCUCCCAGUAAGAAGCCAGGUGCAUAUUCUGGGAAAGAUGUAGCUUCAACUUCCAAACACACCAAGCCUGUACCAAGGAGAUUUUAGAGGCAUCUUUUAUAAAAUCUAUGGCUUUAUUCUGAAUAGAGCAAUGUUUGAUUCGUCAAAUUGUGCAAUAAAUUAUGGAAUAAAACAUUGCUCUUCCUUCAAAGAAACUUGGGCAAUUCGAUCUAAUGUUAAUGUCUUCACUUUCACAUGCAUUAUCUCAUUGCCCUUCCUAGAAGUGGAAAUUCAUGUUAUCCUUUGCUUGCUGAUAAAAUUCCAGUUGUAACAUUUUAGUUUGUAAUAUAGAAUAAUUCAGUUUUUUAUUCUGUUUUA